UUCGGGUCACCAGCUUUAAUCCCACCACGAGGCGAUACCGCACGUUACACAUUACAUACAUGUGGAAGUUCUGCUUCUGAAGCAGAUGGUUCUUUGGUCUAUUUUAAGGUUUCAGUGAGCGGAAGGAUCUGUCUGAUCUUUGUAAAUAUUUUCAACCGCGCAGUGGCCAGUCGCGCGCUUCCCUCCCACUGGUCCCGACCGGAUUACCGGUGCCGUGGAGCCGUCACGUUUUUCUCCUGAAGAAGAAGAAGAAGAAGAAGAAGCAGAAGCAGCAGCAGCACGUUGCCCGGUGUAUUUUUAAUUUGUCGUGGAGGAGCUCAGAGCAGCAUGCUGCUGUCCAAACUGGGCUCCUUCCCUCACAUCUCGUCCAGCAUGGAUCUGCCGGUGAAGCUCCAGCAAGCCAAAGCGGAGAAGCAGCCGUUCGAGAAGCUCUACCGAGUGGGCUCGGUGCUCGGCAGCGGGGGGUUCGGCACGGUCUACUCGGCUGUCCGCCUCGCCGACGGGCUGCCGGUUGCAGUGAAGCAUGUGAGCAGGGACCGGGUGACCGAGUGGGGCUCUCUGUGCGGCGCCGUGGUUCCUCUGGAGGUGGUUCUGCUGAAGAAGGUGGGCGGGGCGUUUGCCGGCGUGGUGCGGCUGUUGGACUGGUGGGAGCGGGCGGACGGCUGGCUGAUGGUGAUGGAGCGCCCCGAGUCGGGCCAGGACCUAUUCGACUACAUCACGGAGCGCGGAGCGCUGGACGAGGCGGCGGCACGCGGCUUCUUCCUGCAGGUGCUGGAGGCGGUACGUCACUGCUACGCCUGCGGGGUCGUUCAUCGAGACAUCAAGGACGAGAACCUGCUGGUGGACCUGAGGACCGGACAGAUACAGCUGAUCGACUUUGGCUCGGGCGCCCUCCUGAAAGACGGCGCCUACACGGAGUUCGAUGGCACGCGGGUGUACAGUCCACCGGAGUGGAUCCGCCGCCGUCGGUACCACGGCCGCUCUGCAACGGUCUGGUCUCUCGGUGUGCUGCUGUACGAUAUGGUGUGCGGGGACAUCCCCUUCGAGCACGACGAGGAGAUCCUGCGAGGACUGAUCUACUUCAGACGGGAGAUCUCCGCAGAGUGCCAGCAGCUGAUUGGCCGCUGUCUGAGCCAGCAGCCGUCUGACCGGCCCACCCUGGAGCAGAUUCUCCUGCACCCCUGGGUGACGUGCGGUGAGGGGCCGCAGGUCGAUUCCGACGGCGUCACGCUCCACGCCAUCACGCCCGACUCCUCUUCCAGCCAGCAGAGCCUCUGAUUAGUCAGCGUCCGGGCUGCCCGGAACACUUUUUUUUUUUUCUUUUGUGAGAGCCUCCUCCUGUCCAAGGAGGGUGGGGCCGCUCAGUGUAAAGCCCUCCGCCCCUGUCGGGUGGUUUCUCUCGGAGUGCCUUGAGGUUGAAAGCUGCAGCCCAGGAGUCGGCCGGGAGGGAUCGUCACAAGUUCCGUUCGUUACGAUUAUUAAAAACUAACCGGAGACCAAUCCAGGUAGCUUCCAAAGAUUUUCUUUUUGAAAUGAAAGAUACAGCGCUGUAAUUCUUUUUAUGGUUUCAGUCGGGAGGGUUUUUCACUCCCCGUCUUUAUGCUAAGCUAAGCUAACCGCUGAUGGCAGAGUGGCAAACAUCUCACUUUACUCUCCGUGAGAUUGUCCCAAAAUGUUGAGUUUCCUACGAGGAACCACCUCCCAAACAAGUCCCGCCUACUGGGUGAUGUCAGCAUUAAGCCCCCCACCCACCCUGCCACCGUGGUGGGCAGUCGCCUCUGUAAAUCCUCUCGGUCUGACUUUUUACUGAAUUUCAAAUACAGCAGAUGCAUCACACACUUAACUGUCAUAAUUUCGUUUAAUUUACAAACCGUCGAGGAGGUUUCAUGAUUUAAAAUACACUGCAACAAAAAAAACGUAUAUUUUAAAUCUGGAAUGAUCUAAUUUUUUUGCUCUAAGAUUCCUGGGGAGAAACUACAGUUGAGGUUGAUUGUUUCCGGUGGACAUUUUUCUGUUCUGAUAAGAUAUCUCAAUGCACAGUCAAUGCAAAUAUUCAGUAUUAUAUUUUUAAUACACUGUAUGUGUUACAUACACUGUGUUUACAUUUGUAUAUAUUUUUAUUUCUUUUGUACAUUGUUUUAUUUUUUGUAAAGCGACCGUCCUCAUCAUUUUGUUAUUUAAGUUGUUUAACCUUUUCUUUUUAUUCACCCUGAAAACUGGAAUAAAAUCAGGUACACGAUUGAGAUACAAUUCUAUUUUUUCACAGCAAUUUUCCAAAUAAAACUUGUAUAUAAACAGA